CCACAUUAUAGUGUGUCGAAAAUGCCAAAUACGAGGCCGCAAAUUCGCGAGUGCUAGUAUCGACUAUUCUUUAUUUCAUAUAUAAAAGAGCAGCCAACACUGCGCUAGUCAAUUAAAAUUGAACUUUUCAAGAAUCAUCAUUAAUCAUAUAUUAUUAUUAAUAUACGUUCUUUGGUGUAGGGAAAAAUAGCAAAAAAAAAAAAAGUCAAUGCGCGCAUAAAGAUGGGAGUUGGCGCAAAAAUUCGAUCUGGCAUCGGCUUUAGUCAAGGAGAAUUUGUAAAUUUAUUUGUAUGCAUACAAUAAUAUCAGCUACACAGAUAAAGUGAUAUAUUUUUUCCGUACAAAAAUUUAAAUUUAUUCGAGAGGUGAUAAUUAUAUCUAAUAAUACGUCACUGUAUAUAACGGUUAUGUGUAGUGUGUUUAGUGCCUUUUUUGCUAGCAAAUUAGGAAUAUCAAGAUCACUUAAUAUUCAGUGAGUUCACAAAUAACAAAACAAGUAAUUCAUAAAUAUAUAAAAAUGGAUCCUAGUAAUAUGCUUUUUCGCUUAGAGGAUCUAACGCCAGAAAAACUAUAUGAAGAGUACCAUUUAAGCAAAGAAGAUAUUCGAAGACAUCGUGCGCUGUACAAAGCAUAUGUUGACGAUUUCAUACCCACACGAGCAGAUCUGGAGCGUAAGCUAACCGAUGAACAACUUAAAGAGUUAUGUCUGCGCCGCUCAUGUCGCGUUUUAAUGUAUCGUUGGAAUCCUGUACAAGAUUUCAUAGACCAGUUUACGCGGCAAGGACGCAUACAGCGUUGGACUAAAGAAAAAACUGAAAAGUUAAUAAUAAAAGGUAUCAGUCGGCAUAAAGAUGUGUGCAUGUACAGUGAAGAAGAAAUACGAAUAGAACGUGAAAGGCAGUGGUGCGAGAGGAAAAAAGAAAAUUUGAUGCGGUUAGAGUUAUGGGAGUACGAUCGUAUAAAAAAACAGCCGCCUCAACAAGAAAAAAUAGACCUAUCUUCUACCAAGGAAGAUGACGUCCACAUUGACGUUACACACAGUGAAGAACUGGCGAACACAGUUAUUGUCUCACCUCCUACCGAUGUUGAAGCACUUAUGGCGGCAUUGCAUAACUCGCCAUUACAAUCCAGGCUUUCGGACGUUCUGACAAUAACAGAACAAUUAGCACAUAUAGGAGCUUUAUCAACGACAACAAAUAUUUCGUCAAAGAAACAACCGUCUAUAACGGACAGUAUAAUACCACCUUUAACUGAAUCACAGUCCACAUUAAUUCCCAGCACUCAAAAUACCGAAGAGUUGGCUGUCCGAGAAUAUGCAGAAAUGGUGGAACAAGUCGAUGUUAAUGCGAAUCCAAUACUCGCCGAUUAUUUGAAUGUUAACACUGAAUCUAUGCAGUUUGAAGACUCAGUAAUAUUAGAUUCAGAAGCUGAUUGUGAUGGCACACCUCCAUAUUGUGAUUUCAAUGAUCAUAUAUCAUUUACUUCAACCCAAUCACCAAGUGUUAAGUGAACUUUCGCCGGAUGAGUGUCCAUUUCAAAUUAUCUGUUGCCAUUGUUCACGAGUUAAUCCUCACCGCUAAAAUUUUGAAGCUAUUAAUUAGUAUCAGGUUCAGAAAAUAUAUUCUAUUUAUUUCUUCAAAAAUCUCCAAAUAAUUAUUUAUCAGUUGUUAUUAACCCUUUCAGACCCUACGCUAAGCUAUUAGCAAUUUUGUUUUUAUUUUAUUUAUUUUAUGUGAUUUGAAAGCAUGUUAGUUGUUCUUAAUUUCCCCAAGUGGUUCAAAUUUUAUAUUUAAAUAAAAAUAAUCAUAUGUAA